AUGUCCAAGAUCGACCGUAUGAUGAUCCAGGGCAUCCGCUCCUUUGGCCCUGAAAAAGGAGAGACUAUCGUCUUCACCGCGCCGCUGACCCUCAUUGUCGGCUGGAACGGCUCCGGCAAGACAACCAUCAUUGAGUCGCUCAAAUAUGCCACCACCGGUGACCUCCCUACAAACAGCAAAUCCGGCGGCGCCUUCAUCCACGACCCCAAGCUGCGCAACGAAAAGGAACUCCUCGCCCAGGUCAAACUGUCCUUUCGCUCAACUUCCGGCGUGCGCAUGGUCGCCACCCGCAAUCUCCAGGUCACCGUCAAGAAGAACGCCCGCAGCCAAAAGACGCUCGAGGGUUCCCUACUCAUGAUCAAGGAUGGCGAAAAGCACUCAAUCUCGACCCGUGUCGCCGAACUCGACCAAAUCAUCCCCCAAUACCUAGGCGUAUCCAAGGCUAUACUUGAGAAUGUCAUUUUCUGCCACCAGGAAGACAGCUUGUGGCCAUUGGCAGACCCCACCACUCUCAAGAAGAAGUUUGACGAGAUUUUCGAGGCGAUGAAAUACACAAAGGCCAUUGACAACAUCAAGAUGAUUCGGAAAGCGCGGAACGUCGACCUCGGCCAACUCAAGAUCAUCGAAGCCAAUGCCAAAGAGGACAAGACGAGGGCAAAGAAGAGCGAGGACAGACAGGCUAAACUCUUUGACGAAAUCGAGAAGCUGCGCGAAACGUACACAGAAGUGGAUUCUAAAUGCACCGAGGCCCAGCAUAAAGCGAGCGACGCUUACAGCCACGCUGCGCGUUUCGAGCAGAUCGUUGCUCAGUUACACGCUAAGCGUAUGACACUCAGCAUCAAUCAGCAAAACGUGGCAGAGCUGCAAGACAGCCUCAAAGAGCUGGCCGAGUCAGAUGAGGAGCUUCAGGAUAUGCUGGAUCAGUACGAGGAGCGAGUCGCUACAUACUCCACACAAGUUACAGAGUUUAAAGAGCAAUACCUUGAACUGAAGGGUGAUCUGGAAGACAAACGCGAUGCGCUAGGAGUAAAGCAAAGCGAGAUUGGAAAAUACGAGGCACAGAAAGAGCAGCACGAGCAGCAGAUUCAAUACCGCGAGAAUGCAAUCAAGGAAGCAGCAAAGCGACAUGCUAUCCGAGGAUUUGAUUACGAUAUCACGGAGAAACACGUGGCCGACUUCCUGCAGAUUUUGACCAAGAUGUCUCGCGACCAGAACAAGGCUCUAGAUCGAGUACGGGAAGAAUCCCAGCGCGAUUUGCGUGAGGCCCAAGAGAUCCUCAACCAGUUGAACACACGUAAAUCUGGACUCAGCCAGAGCAAAGAGUCAGCCCGUAGUCAGAUAACGAAUAACGAUAAGCGCAUUUCAGAGCUCCAAAAACUUAUGAAUCAGAUCAGGGCGGACGAAGGCAGCGAGGCCAUUCUUGAAGCCAAGAAACGAGAUGUCGAGAAGCAGUUGCAAGAUGCUACAGCUACAGCUACUUCAGAGCGGUUUGAUGAACGCAUAUCAGAAGCCUCGAGUAACUUGCGCACAUUGGAGGACCGCAAAGAACGCUUAACUGCUGAAUUUGGUGACGCAUCGAAGCAAGCGCGGGAAUCUGCCUCUAUCGACGUGAAGCGGGAGGAGCUGCAGAACCAGCAACAUAGCUUGGCAACUAUGAAGAAAGUUCAUGACAAACGCAUCUCCCAGCUCGUUGAUUCAGACUGGGAUCCAUCUACCUUGGAGACAACCUACCAGCAGGUGCUUUCCGAAAAGGCGGAGAAAGCGAAGGAGGCUGCAUCUCGUCGUGAUAUUGCGCAAUCGAAGCUGGAUCAGGUCACCUUCCAAUUAUCCAGCUUGGAAUCGCAAGUGAAACAGAAGCGCGCUGAGCUUCAAAAAUACGAAACCUCGGUCCAAAAAUGUAUACAAAAGGACGACAUUUCCGAUUUCGACGAGACUCUGCAACAACUUGAGGAGGAAUACGAAGCCGUCUCCUCAGACAAGGCCAAAUUUGAGGCACAGAUUGACUAUAUGGGCAAGUGCUUAGAGUACGCCGAGCAGCACAAUAUCUGUCGGCUCUGCAAAAGGACUCUUCACGAUGAUCACGAGGAAGAUUUCACUACAGCUGGUUUCAUAAAAGGGUUGAAGGACAUCAUUGCCAGAGCGAAGAAGAACAUGGAUGCAGACAAUGCGGACGAAAUCUUCACUGAGCUGGAGGCGGCUCGCAGCGCCAAACCUAGUUAUGAACUGGCGAGUAGACUUCGUAACACUGAACUUCCCACGAUGCAGGCGAACCUUGCUAAGCUAGCAUCGGAGCGAGAGACUCUCAACAAGCAACUUGAAGACCAGGACGCUGUGGUUUAUGAGUUGGAUGCCGCCAAACAAGAAGUCGAGUCUUUGACGAAAGAGGUACAAACCAUUGUUGGAUACUACACCAGGGUACGGGAGCUUGAGGCUGAAAUCAAGGAGCUGGCACAAAAGCAAAAGUCUGCCGGGCUGUCGCGGGGAAUCGAUGCCAUCCAGACCGACCUAAAGCGGGUUUCUGACGAUAGCCGCGACAUCAGGAACGCACUUGACCAGCUUACUGCGGCCAGAGACAAGUCACGCAGCAACAUCAACGCACUUGAGUUGAGUGUACGUGAUAUUAGCGCCGAGCUGAAUAGUGCACAAUCCAAGCUGAAGGAGAAGCGCGCUCUCUCUGAUCGGGUUGAUGAGUUGAAGAAGGAAAACAACAAGCAAAGAGAGGCCAUGCGCGGCUUUGAUCAGGAUAUUGAACACAUUGAUCCUGAAAUCGAGCAAGCGCAAUACAAGUACGAUGAUGUUAACCGUCGUGGCAAUGAGCGUGUCCAACGAGCUCACGACGAAGCUUCAAGGUUGUCGGACAGUCUUCGCCAACUCAACCAGGCGAGCGAAGAGAUCAUUGCUUACAUCGAACGUGGCGGUCCGCAGCAACUUGCUCAGACUCACCGAGAGAUUGAGAAUCUUCAAGGCGAGAUUGCUCGCAUAGAGGCAAACAUGACCGAUACGACUCGAAAGAUUAAGAAGAUUGAAGACACGAUACGCGAUACAGAGACAAGCAAACGCUCCAUCAGCGACAACCUUCGCUAUCGAAAAGCGAAGCGCUCCCUUCAGGGCUUGGAAUCGGAGAUUCGACAGCUUGAGGAGCAGGGUGCUGAGCGCGAUAAAGAGCAUUACGAGCGUGAAGCCGAGCACUGGGAUCUACAGUACCGUCAACUGAAUAUUGAGAAAACAGGCGUUGAACGGGAUAUGAAGAAUAAAGACGACCAACUAACUGAGCUCAUGGAUGAGUACAAGGACCUCUACAAAGAUUCCGCGCAGCAAUAUCGUGAGGCACACAUCAAGGUCGAAACUACCAAGGCUGCCAUUGAAGACUUGGGUCGUUAUGCUGGCGCUCUAGAUAAGGCCAUUAUGAAGUACCACACGCUCAAGAUGGAGGAAAUCAACCGUAUCCUCGCUGAACUGUGGCGGAAUGCAUACCAGGGUACAGACGUGGAUACGAUCCGCAUUGCAUCUGACGGUGAUGGUAAAGGCAAUCGGACAUACAACUACCGUGUUGUAAUGGUCAAGCAAGAUACCGAGAUGGACAUGCGGGGUCGUUGUUCUGCAGGCCAGAAGGUCCUCGCUUCAAUUGUCAUUCGUCUCGCACUUGCUGAAUGUUUCGGUACAAACUGCGGUCUUAUCGCGCUCGAUGAACCCACUACCAAUCUUGAUCAGCAGAACAUCAAGGGACUUGCAGAGUCGCUAUCCCAGAUCAUUCAGAGUCGCAGGAGGCAGGCCAACUUCCAGUUGCUGGUCAUUACGCACGAUGAGCAGUUCUUGCGUGAGAUGAACUGCGCUGAUUACACUGAUGUGUAUUGGCGUGUGGGACGAGAUGCGAAUCAGGAAAGCUACAUUGAGCGCCAGAAUAUUGCUGAGGUUACUUAA